UUGUAUGUUUGGACUGAGCAAUUCUCUCUUCCUUUUAGGAGCCUUCUGUUGGUCAGGUGUCGCGAGUCGAUAUUAGUGGGAAGGUUGAAGUAGUCUGGGCUGAUAACUCCAAAUCCAGCAUACUGCCUCAGCACCUGUAUAAUGUUGAAUCUGACAUUGAAGAAUCUGACCUGGAUUCUUUGGAUGGGACUUCUACUGGAGCAACAUCUGAUGAGUGGGAAGAUGACAGUGAUAGUUGGGAAACAGAUGAUGGUGUGACUGAAGACGAAGUUGUAAAGGGAAGUGAAGCGCUUGAAGUUGGAAUAGAGGUGUCAGCACAAUCAGAAGAGAGUAAGACUGAAGCAGAGCCGGCUCAGGUUGCUGGAGCAACUUCAAGUGGCACAAGUCUUGAGAAAGUUGCAAAGGAUGGCUCUCCCAAAAGUUUUCAUGAGAUAAAAGAGGCGAUCAAGAUUUUGGAAAGUCUGAAGAAUAUGACAGUAGAACAGCUGAUGACUGGCUCUGCUACUUCCCCAACAGUAGAGCCAGAAAAGCAAACUAAAGAUAAGAAAUUCCGAGAUGAUAUCAAGAAACUGCAGGAAACUCUUCAAAAGACACUGGACAAUGUGGCCAUUGUGGAGGAAGAGAAGAUGGAGGCUGUUGUGGAAACUGAAAAUAAAGAAGAAAAGCUUGAGAUGCAGACUCCUAUUAAAUCAGAGUGGUCCAGUGAUACGCCUGUACUUUGUCAACAGAGCAGUAAACCUGGUGUGACUUUCACGAGUGCAAAAGGAGAAGUCUUCUCUGUACUGGAGUCAGUGCCUGACAGUCAUGCAUUCAAAAAGAUGGAAUUUCAACCAGCAGAUUCAAAAAAAUUUUUCAACACCGUGAGGAAAGAGAUGGCAUUACUCGCGACAGCACUUCCUGAUGGCAUCAUGGUGAAAACAUUUGAGGAUAGAAUGGAUCUGUUCUCUGCUCUAAUCAAAGGCCCAACACGCACUCCCUAUGAUGAUGGGUUGUUCCUCUUUGAUAUCCAGCUUCCCAAUGUUUAUCCUGCAGUGCCGCCACUUUUUCGUUAUAUCUCUCAAUGCAGUGGCCGUCUCAACCCUAACCUGUAUGAUAAUGGCAAAGUGUGCGUGAGUCUGCUGGGCACGUGGAUUGGAAAG